AUGUGGUUGCAAAGACAAGCUACAAACCACAUUUGCAGUGCAUCAGUUCAGAAGUGGCGCUAUUCGUUGGUGGAACAAUUUGGGGAGCAACUACAGCUGACAUGGGAAGAGUUCUUAGUGCACUUCAAGCGUAAGUACUGCUCGGCCAGAAAUCUGCUCGAGCUAGAGAACCAAUUCCUGACAUUAAAUAAGGGAAGCAUGUCCAUUGAUGAAUACACCAAGGCCUUCAUAGACAAAAUGGAGUUUGCUUUGCGCAUCGUUCCAAACAAGCCGACGAAAGUCGACAAAUACUCAAAGGGAUUCCCAUGGGAGUAUGUCGUGCCAGUACGUCAGGAACCUACUCUAGAGGCCUCUAUCUGGGCCGCCAAGUCUGUUGAGGAAAUGAUCAAGGGAGGAGCCACUAGCAAGGUUAAGGGUGGAGAAAAGAGAAAGUUUGAGGGAUCUGCAAGGUCUAACAAGAAAAACAAGCCUGGUUCAAGGAAGUCUGGAGAGGAGGGAGCGAAGCAAAAUGGUUAUGGAAAGCCUGGGCACUAUGCCAAUGAAUACAACUUCAACAAGAAAGUCUAUUAUUGGUGCAAUGAAGAAGGGAACAUUUCGAGGGACUGCUCGAAGAAGAAGGAGGCAGCAAGGCCCAAUGUCCCAUCGAAGCCGAAGGCGAGAGCUUUCCAAAUGAUCUUGGAAGCCGCAAUGGAUGCAACGGAUGUCGCUUCAUGUACCUUUCUUGUAAAUGAAUUGCCUGCUAAUAUAUUGUUUGAUUCCGAAGCGAAUAACUCCUUUAUAUCACACAAAUUUGGUGGAAGAUUAGUAUUGCAUGUAGAUAAACUUGAUAAUGCUCUAGUUGUAGAAGUUGUUAGUGGAAAAUUCAUACCUAUUAGCAAUUGCAUUAAAAAUAUCGUCAUCGACUUGAAUGGAAACAAAUUCCACGUUGAGUUGUUACCCAUUGAGUUGAAUGAUUUCGACGUCGUACUGGGAAUGGAUUGGCUUAGCGCCAAUGAUGCUGAGAUACUAUGCAAGAAGAAUAUAUUGAGCUUGGAUUUUGUUGAUGACCCCGGUGCUGUUCUGGACAACAUAAAGGCGAAUCACAUUGCGAACAAGAGGUCACUAUUUUACCAGGCCUAUGCUCUUUAUUAUGAGAAAUUGAAGAAAUUUACUGAUGUUGAAAAGAUGUAUCAUUUAGCAGUGCAAAACUUAAUUGAUAACUGGUGA